UAUUCAUUUAAUAUAUGAGUGAUUCAUCAUCUUAUUUUGACAUCUAAGGGAAAGGUAUUUGGGAAUAAUAUCAAAAUAAGUUAAAUGAAGUAUUUAAAAUAUCAAUUUUUAGGAAGAUAUAGUUUAUAAAGGAGUUUUGCAAUUUCAUAACAAGACAACUCAAUUUUGUUUGACAGAAUAUGAAUUGUUUAGAUUUAAAAAAAAUGGAGAAUUAAAAAAAAUAGAACUCUUAACAACAUCAAUUUCUCUAUUUAAUGAUAAUACAAUUUUAUUAUAAAAGAACCACAAAUAGGUAUUCUUAAAAUCAAGUCCUUAAAAUAUAAAGUUGUGGUUUGAAUAGAUAAAAAAUAAAUGCAUAUAAAAUAAUUUUAGAUUAGACUAUGAUAUUGGGGAGCUGAUUGGAUAAGGACAAUUUGCAAAUGUAUUAAGUGAAUAGUAUCAUUAGGUAUACAAGAUCACUAAUAAGAAAAAUAAUCAAAAAUAUGCACUAAAAGUAUUCUAGAAGGUGGCUUUAAAGAAUUUAAACGUGGAUAAUGUUUCCGUAGCUAAAGAAAUAAAAAUAAUGCGAUAACUUAAACAUCCAGGAAUAAUAAAAAUUUAUGAGGUAUAUGAAGACAAAGAGUUUAUUUGUAUAGUAAUGGAAUUAAUGCAAUGUAUUUUAAAUUUAAUGGCUAAUUUUAGAUUCAAUGAAAUAGUAAAAAAAGAAACAUGCUGAACAUUAAUGUGCAUAAAUAAUGCUGCAAUUAUUCAUGAUGUUACAAUACAUACAUGAUCACAAAAUAAUCCAUCGAGAUAUUAAAGUAUAAAUUUUUAUAUCUAUUUUUAAGCCAGAUAAUAUAUUAUACAAGAAUCAAGACACAAUAUGUAUCUGUGAUUUUGGUCUUGCAGAUUAUUAUAAUCCAAUGUCUGUAUAUCAAUAUUAGAGAUGUGGUACUCCUGGUUAUGUUGCACCAGAAGUCUUGAGAGAUUAGAAAUACGAUUAUAAAGUAGAUGUUUAUUCAGCAGGAAUCAUUUUAUACACACUCUUAGUAGGCAAAUAGCCAUUUUCUGCACAUUCAUAAAAUAAAGUUGUUUAACUUAAUUAUCAUGGCAAAAUUGAUUUUGCUCAAGUUAAAGCUUCAGAUUUAUGUCUUUCUUUCUUGAAGUCAGUAUUAUCUAUAAAUCCAUAAACAAGACCUUCAGCUUAUGAGGUUUUGCAUCAUGAAUGGUUUUUUAAAACUCUUGGGGAGUCAAAUUAUUUUUAUAUGCUCAAUAAUAAUGGAAAAUAAGUUUAAAAUAUUUAACCUGUUUCAAAAGGUAUUAUAAAUCAAUUAUUUUAUAUCAUUUUAGAAAUAUAAAAUUUCUAAGCUAUAUAGUCUAUGAUGGAUGAAGAAUAAGAUGAAUCAAGCAAUAGUAAAAUAUAGAUAGAGAUUCCAUAACCCACCACAUAAUAUCGAAAUAAUAACAACUGCUAUUAUUAGAGUUCUAUGCCAUAAUAAUAAUAGCACUAAUAAUCAUUGUAAAUAGCAAUAGAUAAUAUAUAAGAGGCUAUUAAAUAAAUUAAAAUUAAACAGUAAGUUAGAGAUUUAAAUUACUUGACUUAAAUGCUUCAUAUGUAACAUAAAGAAAUGUCAGGUAUAGAUUGAAUUCAGAA